AAUUUCUUCUAGUUCUGUUAUCACUCAUGUGUAUGAAAGCCCUGAACGAAGCAGAAUACAUCCCGGUACCGGGUAGCGAGUCAGAGCGAGGGUGGAGGCAGGCCGGUGCCAGGCUGGGUUGGGUUUGCGGAAGCGACCGGCGGACAGACGGACCGAGACAGACAGACAGUGGCAGAUAGACCUGAUGUUCAUGGCAAUGUUGAUAUUUGACGCAAAGCGACGAUAUGUCGGUGGCUGUCUGACUGUAGCCGAGGUUCCGGGGUACGCUAGCUAGCACUUAGUCUCUCCAGUUCCGCUAACACCCAUGGCAGCGGGGCCUUCUGGCGGAGGAAGCCGGGAAAAGUGAUCCAAGUCGGCUUGUGAGCACCCGCCACUGGGGGACAGAGCGGAAACAGACUGCCAGGAUGCGUGAAUACAAACUGGUUGUUUUGGGAUCAGGAGGAGUCGGCAAGUCUGCACUGACUGUCCAGUUUGUUCAGGGAAUCUUUGUGGAGAAAUAUGAUCCAACGAUAGAGGACUCCUACAGGAAGCAAGUGGAGGUGGAUGGACAACAGUGUAUGUUGGAGAUCCUAGACACAGCAGGAACAGAACAGUUCACUGCCAUGCGUGACCUCUACAUGAAGAAUGGGCAGGGCUUCGCGCUGGUUUACUCCAUCACCGCUCAGUCCACCUUCAAUGACCUUCAGGACCUUAGAGAGCAGAUCUUGAGAGUGAAGGAUACAGAGGAUGUUCCAAUGAUCCUGGUGGGAAACAAAUGUGAUUUGGAGGUGGAACGUGUGGUGGCCAAAGAGUCUGGUACAGGCCUCGCUCGCCAAUGGAACUCCUGUGCCUUCCUGGAGACUUCCGCAAAGAGCAAGAUCAACGUCAAUGAGAUUUUCUACGACCUGGUGCGACAGAUUAACAGGAAGAGUCCAGUUCCAGGAAAACCCCGUAAAAAGUCCACCUGUCAGCUUCUGUAAUGAUGUUCUCUGCUCACCUGACCAACAACCAACUAAUCACAGGACAUCUUCCAACCUGCCAUGUCCCUUUAACACGUGUCGUCCUCAGCAUUGUCCAACCCGCACCACACUGUCUGACGGAGACUGUUGCCUUGGAGACAAACAUCAAAAUACCGUGGUGGCGAGGAUGAUGAAGAUGUCAAUGAAGAGGUUAAAGGAAUGGCAGCUGCCCAAUCAACUGCGCAACUAGUCGUGGUCAACGCUCGGCCAUCUCUGCUUUUAUUUUAAGAUGUUUCUUUCCUUUUCUUUUACUAAUUUUUAGCUGCGCCGAGCCGGUCACGCCUCUAUACUGUACGCCAGCUAAUAUGGUGUGUGGCUCUGGUCGAACCUGUGGAUCCAUACAGUGAUUAUUAUUAUUACAGUGAUAAUUAUUAUGUGAAAAAAUAUAAAAUCAUUUAAUACUUCGAUUUUUUUUUUUUUUUUUUUUUUUUUUUUUUUUUUUUCUCCCCCCAUUUUGUUUUUCUGUGGGGCAUUGGAGAGGGUAGUCAAAGGGGUUUCGGAAAUGCAGCAGACCCUUGGGUCAACUCACUGUGACACAAGCGAGCUUAAGUUCUAACAGUUUCUUGUCAAUGUGCUCUGUGUGAGGUGAAUGGAGACAUUUCUGUUCUCACCUGGUUGCUCAAGCUGCUACUUAACCAUCAAGAGUUUUUUUUUUUUUUUUUUUUUUUUUUUAA